AUGGCGGACGAUUUGCCUGAAGGAUGGGAAAGAAAAAUGAGCCGGUCUGCUGGCAAGGAAUACUACUUGAAUAUUUAUACCAAGGAGAGUCAGUGGGAGCUACCCACAGCUCCAGCUGAGAGGAGUCCGAUGGUUCAGUGUUCACAUCUACUGGUAAAACACCGAGAUUCCCGAAGGCCGUCAUCAUGGAGAGAGGAAAACAUCACACGGACCAAGGACAAAGCACUGAAGAUUUUACAAGGUUACAGGGAUCAAAUUACGAGUGGACAAGCCACUUUUGAGGAGCUAGCUUCCCAGUACAGCGACUGCAGCUCAGCCAAGCGGGGUGGGGAUCUGGGGCCAUUUGGGAGAGGACAGAUGCAGAAACCGUUCGAAGACGCUACUUAUUCAAUGAAAGUAGGGGAGCUAAGUCAACCCAUCUCGACAGACUCAGGUGUGCACAUCAUACUAAGGACGGCUUAAUGUCCUGUUGCUACUGUCAUAAUGCUGGGCAUUGAGUAUAAAUCUGACAGACUUCUCUACCUGCAUCACCGUUUUCUUUUAGUUGGUGCAUAAUUAGUCUCAGUUAAAAUAUGCCAUCUUGAAUGAACAAAAUCCCUAUGAACACUGUAAUAUUUUCAUGCCAUGGAGGAAAAAGCAAUGAAAAUGUGUUUGGUUGUAAGUUGUAAGUCACAACAAUUGCCUCUGAAAUUUAAAAACUGCCAAGAGUGACGAUAAUUUUGUUUUUGUAUAUGAUCUACCUUUGUUUAACUUUUGUAAUGUUAGCUAUUUCAUGUAAUAUUCAAUGUUGUCAUGUGAUUUCAAUUCUACUUGAACUGUUUUUUUAUAGUGCUAAUAAAUUACAUGUUCAAUGUU